AUGAUUCCGAACACGGCGAAAAACAAAAAUGGCAUCAUCACUCGGGCGACUUUCGACUUGAAAAAGGAUUUGAAAUUCGUAAAACUCACUUCGCUAUCGAAUUUGACGGUUCAAAAUGGGGAGAUGUUGGCGGCGGUCACCGAGAAAUUGAUAAUUCAUUAUAGUGAUGGAAAGGGAGAGAGAUUUCAAGAGAUGACACUUCCCCUGCAAUCGCCCGACCACGUGGCAUACAUUCAUCUGUCUCGUAACGGAUUUCACGCGAUAAUCUCGUCGAAACUCGGUCAUAAUUUCUAUAUUCAUCUGAAAACGAACUCAGUUCAUUAUCUGAAAAAGAUUCGUUGCGUCGUGACGGCAGUCGGCUGGAAUCCUGACUACUCGAAAGACACUGAUUCGACGGGUGCCGUUCUAUUAGGGACCGCCCAGGGAUCGAUUAUCGAAUUGACGGUUUCUAGUUGUGGAAUGAUGACGUCACAGAAGGAAUUGACUCCCCAAGUUGCACAGAUUGCAGAACAACGAAUUAGUGGUGGAGGGGCGUCUCCGGCGGCGGCGAUUACAGAUAUUCAGUUGUUUCAGCUGUCCGACGACGAUCCAAAAGCCAAGAAAUGGAUGGUAAUAAUCGCUCAAAUGGCUCGUCUCAUCGUCCUAAUCAUGGAGAACGAACCGCCUCCAGCACCGAAACUCGGCGGUUUCACAAGCUCCGCCUCCUUACAGGCGGGACUUAUGAAUUUGGGGGCGGAGCAAGCGCCGACGACUACAUUCCACGGAUUCUUUAACUCGAUGAGCACUCAACAACACACGAUUUCAUCGUCGAAAUUCUCGGAGAAAUUCAAAAAUCACGGAUUUCUGACAAUGUAUCCGACGAUUGCGGAACCGAAACGAUACGCGUGGCUGUCUCCGGAUGGGAUAUCGAUUGGAAAAGUGAAUAUUCUUGCGGAGGAGAUUAAGGAUGUUCUUGUGGAGGAAUUCAAUAUUGAACACCGCCUAAUCGAAGGACGUCUGGAACCGCCCACUGGCAUCGCCCUCACCGAAUAUCACAUUCUUCUCGCCUACUCGUCUCGAGUCCUCGCCCUCUCUCUUCUCCCACCUCAUGACGUCGUUUUCGAAGAUCCAUGGCAUGCAGAAUUAGGCUCCGCCCUCGGAUUCGUCGUCGACACCGUCACCGAAUUUGUGUGGUUGUUCACGCCUACUGUAGCGAUGAAAUACGGGACGAACGACGAGGCGAGAUACAUUUGGAAGACGUAUUUGGAUAGAGGAGAUUUCGGACGGGCACUGCAGAUUGCCCGGACGAGAGUCGAUAUUGAACCGGAUGCGUUGGAAAUGGUACUCAGGAAACAGGCGGAUUUUUACAUUCAGGAGAAGAAGUGA